GUUAGACCUCUUAGCACCUUAGCACUUCCUCGUUCGGCGAUUUGCUCAAGAGGGAAUACUUAAUUUUUCUAUCGUUCGUGUCAUCUGGCUCUGAAAUCUGCGCAAGAUAUUUAAAGCGAUUGCUAUUCGCAGUCACCCUUAACGUCACUGAACAGCUAUACCAUGCUGCAACCUGCUCGUAUUAUUCUCCUUAAAGAGGGCACUGACAGCUCCCAAGGCAUUCCCCAGAUAUUAAGCAAUAUCUCGGCUUGCGAAGCCGUCGCGGAGGCCGUUCGGUCAACUCUUGGACCCCGAGGAAUGGACAAGAUGAUUAUUGAUGAUAAAGGGAAAGCUACAGUCUCGAAUGAUGGCGCCACUAUUUUAAAGUUGUUGGAUGUUGUGCAUCCCGCCGCAAAGACUCUGGUUGAUGUUGCUCGAGCCCAGGAUGCUGAAGUCGGAGACGGGACUACGAGUGUCACAAUUUUGGCCGCUGAGUUUCUGAAACAAGUGAAACCUUUUCUUGAGGAAGGUGUUCAUCCAACAGUCAUUAUACGCGCUUUCCGAAUAGCUGAGAAGAUGGCCCUUGCUAAACUGAAUGAACUUGCCUGUCGUAUUGAAAGUACCGAUCCGAGUGAACAACGAAGUUUAUUGGAAAAAUGCGCUGCCACAGCCCUCAGUUCUAAGCUAGUUGCCGGUCAUAAAGAUUACUUCGCAAAGCUCGCGGUCGAUGCUGUCAGCCACUUGGACACAUAUCUUCCCCUGAAGAUGAUUGGCAUUAAAAAGGUUGCUGGUGGAGCGUGGGAAGAUUCUUUGCUGGUUGAAGGCGUUGCUUUCAAAAAGACUUUCAGUUACGCAGGUUUUGAGAUGCAACCAAAGAAAUACAAAUCUCCGAAAAUCGCUCUGCUCAAUAUCGAACUGGAACUUAAAGCAGAGAAAGAAAAUGCUGAAGUUCGCGUUCAUUCAGUCGAAGACUACCAGAAGAUUGUUGAUGCGGAAUGGAAUAUUCUAUACGAAAAACUUGAAAUAUUGCACAAAAGUGGGGCCAAAAUAGUCUUGUCGAAAUUGCCUAUUGGUGAUGUGGCCACGCAGUACUUUGCGGAUCGUGACAUGUUUUGCGCUGGACGAGUGACAGAGGAUGACCUCUCUCGAACCCAAAUGGCGUGUGGCGGUAGCGUGCAAACAACAGUGCAUGGUUUAUCUGUCAAUGCCCUGGGGACUUGUGAAUCAUUCGAGGAAGUCCAGAUCGGGUCCGAGAGGUUCAAUAUUUUCAAAGGCUGCCCUCAAGCGCGUACUUGCACCAUAAUUCUUCGAGGUGGAUCAGAGCAGCUUAUGGAGGAAAUUGAACGAUCUCUCCACGACGCUAUCAUGGUGGUCCGCAGAGCUAUGAAAAACGAUGCAUUUGUUGCAGCGUCAUCGGCAGAUACAAUUGAGGAAAAGCUGUUGAAACAAACUACAAUUACUCCGAAAGAUGUUUUGCAAUUAAAAAGAGCUACUAAAGGAUAUCUAUGUUCAAACAGCGAGAACAAAUAUGGUAUCGACUUUUUAAGCUUUUGUCUACGUGAUAUGGAUUCGAAAAUAAUCCUGUUUGAAGUAUCUAAACGACGAUGCGCAACUGUACCCCAUCAUACAGAAGAAGCUACUCCCCAAACGAACCGAUACAUUCAAUACCAGUUUGACUCAAACAUUUUGAAUCUAAGGAAUAUUGGGGCAUCCAUUGAAUUUUCAGUCGGAAAACAUGCGAUAAAAGAUUUUUUAAUGAUCGAGCGUCACUACUUUCGGGAAAAAUUGCUUAAAAGUUUCGAGUUUAACUUUGGUUUCGUUGUUCCCGAAUCAGUAAACUCUGUGGAGCAUAUAUACGACUUACCAAAGCUGUCAACAGCGGAAAACAUUAUCGCCAAUCCAUAUGAAACUAAGUCCGACAGCUUCUAUUUUGUCGAGGGCUGCUUGAUUAUGCAUAAUAAGGCAGCUUAUUCGUUUACUAACUGA